GCUAUUUGUCCUAUAUAAUGUUAUGCGUGUAUGGGUUUUUUAAUUGACUUAGUAUGACCAUAUCAAUCAGCAAUGCAAUUAGCACAUGUCAUUUAGUAUGUCAGAGAUGGAGGAUAAUAUGAUGAAUUGUUAGACAAUCUAAAUGAACCAUUUGUCAAAUUAUCCUCUUUGUGGUCUGCAAAUCAAGAGACCCUUACAGAUGCAGGCUUCAGAUAUUUUAUAGAGACGUGUCCCACCCCAAAUCAUUGACUUGAAUGGAUACAACCUUGGCCUUGAAUGACUUAAAGUAUGUCAUUACUGCAAAUACUGGUAAGUGCUACUGGGACUACCUAACUUGGAAGGUUACUCACCAUGGUCUUAUCAGGCUUGCAUUACAGUGGUUCAAUCCACUCAGUCCUCGUUCAUCUUGCUCGUACUUUCUUUGCAGUGAUGGAUGUCGCAUUUAAGUAAUUGGAUGGUGACAGUAGCCUUGACCCUAACCAGGAGAUAGAAUAUCUGUGUGUAAGAAACAGAGAGGGUGGGGUUUGGGUGAAUGAAUGAGAGAGAGUGUGAGUAAGUGAGUGAAAAAGAUACUGGAUCAAGUUUCUGGUAGACUACCUGAUUGUUAAAGUCACUAGAUGAGCAUACAUAAUAUGGUGUUUCCUGUCAGGUAAGGACAGCCUGGUGUGGUUGGUAGGCUACUAGCCUACGAAAUCCGACCUCCUCCUGCCAUUUUUCUUUUGUGCUCCUCUUACGUGCAACGAUAAUCACAGCAUCACGGAGAGUCUACUGCAAAUGUCAUAUUUUUAACGCAUGCUGUGGAAUAACAUUCAACGGAUACUCGUCACACAGCCAUCGCUCAAGAAACAGCUGUUUAUCAUGUCGCUGAAAAACGAAAUUUGGGUGGGCGAGGCGAGCGUGUCGGUGCUUUUUGCAUCCAUACGCACCUGAGCAGCGAGUGCCUAUUUGCUGAGUAGCGCACAAUAAGUUUAUGCUAUCAACAACCACCAUGAUCUUGAGGAUUUUGGGGGCUACCUUUGUUGUGGUAAGAAGGACACGUUCUCUCACCUGCACAAAACGGCCUAUUUCUUCGCACCCAAAACUAUUUUGUCUUCAGUAGCCUCUCAAACGCUCUGGCGUGUCUAACUGACAUGAACGCGCUUUUGGACCGCUUUCACAACUAUAUCAUACCACAUUUGCGAGGGGAAGACCGCAUAUGUCGUUGCAACUGUGGGAGGCACCAUGUACAUCAUGUUGUUCCUUAUGAUGGGGACCAGUCCCUGGUGGACUCAGCGGAGAACUAUCGUGUCAGUGACAGUGUAUCCAAGCAGGAGAUGGACAUGAUGCUGGGUCUUCUUCUGGGCUUCUGUUUGAGCUGGGCCUUGAUGUGGCUGGAUGGCAUGCUGCACUCUGCCCUGCGGGGCUGGAAGUCCAAGCAGCACCACAGUGAUGGGUUGUCCUGGUCCUGGGUUCCCCGAUUUUGUAACCUUAGAGACAUACGCAGACGGGUCCACCUCCGGCAACUGGAGGACUCUACAGCGGGCACAGCCCACAUCAAACAGAAGGUGUAUCACAAUGGCCAUAACAGCCCAAGACACUUAUAAUAGACCAGUAGAACUGGAUAUCUGAGCCUGUAGAAUUGUUUAUACUGACGUAUAAACACUUCAGAAUUGAAUUAAUUAAUUUGACUUUUUAUACUCAAUUUUAAAGACUUUAAACUUAGAGGGCAGCUAAACUGACUUCAAGAUUCCAUCCACCAUGCUUGGUUUUUAAGAGGCAUCUUUUCGACUGGCACCACUGAUUUUAUUCUCCUGGUGGAAUUGGAGCACAUUCAAUUUCCAGGAUUCCAAUAAAUAAUAAUAAUUGGGAAUGCUUUUUUGCAAAAUAAUUGAAGACAUAUGUAUUUAACCUGAGGGUGAUAUGCUAUUUGUGUCUAUGUUGUGGCAUGUUCAUAAUGUAGUUUGAAAAUGUUACCUGGGAUUUAAUUUGGGUAGGUGGAGUAUAACCUCUAUUAAGUCUAACUGGGGUCUACUCAUUUUACAGUUCAUAAAACGGUGCUCAAAUGAAAAUCAGGUGCACCAUGGUGGCUUUAACAGCUUUUCCCACUGCCUAUGUAGUGUUUAGUGACCAACACAGCCCUCAUUCAUACAGUGCCAUGUCAAGGACAUGAGAACCAGCUACGAUGAUAUGUGUCCUUGGCAUAACAGUGUACAAGUGAGUAACUCUUAUUACUGUGAAAUAUAGUCUGAGUCCACCUAGCCCAGUCUUGUGGCUGUCUUUCCAUCCAGACAUUGCUGUUGAGGAAAAUGUCUGUUUCGUUAAAGCUGCCAGUGGAGUUUUACAAAAGUCAUUGCACUGUUUCAAUUCUACCUCAUCAUGCACUAUGGAUUAAUACCUAUCCUAUGCUACAUCUAAAAUUGUUUGUGCAAUUAAUCUGUUUUUAUGUCAUGUAAAUAUAUCUAAAGAUGUGUGGUCUGCCUUGUGUUCCAUAACAUUUUAUACAUA